GACCUAUCUCAGAAAGUACUUGUGCGAACUUAAGUGGUUGAACUUGUGUGAAGUGCUGUGUGAUGCACAGCGAAAACUAAAUAACAAAUGCGGGUAAAAGAUCCAUUGAAAGAUUUAUCGGAGAAAGGCAGAAGAAGUAAAAGACCAUCAGUACCUCAUGAUGAAGAUUCUUCAGAUGACAUUGCUGUAGGCUUAACCUGCCAACAUGUAAGUCAUGCCAUCAGUGUGAAUCAUGUAAAGAAAGCAAUUUCUGAGAAUGUGUGGUCAGUUUGUUCAGAAUGCUUAAAAGAAAGAAGAUCCUAUGAUGGACAGUCAGUACUUCCUUCAGAUGUUUGGUUCUGCCUCAAGUGUGGCUUUCAGGGAUGUGGUGAAAACUCAGAGGGCCAACAUUCGCUGAAGCAUUUUAAGAGUUGCAGAGCAGAAUCCCAUUGUAUUGUAAUUAGUCUGAGUUCCUGGAUUAUAUGGUGUUAUGAGUGUGAUGAAAAAUUAUCGACUCAUUGUAAUAAGAAGGUGUUAGCUCAGAUAGUUGACUUUCUCCAGAAACAUGUUUCUAAAACACAGACAGGAGCAUUUUCUAGAAUCCUAAAACUGUGUGAAGAUAAACGUGAAAUGGGUGAAAUAAAGAAGGGAAGAAAAAGCAGCAGUGUGCCCUCUGUAAAAGGAAUCACAAAUUUAGGAAAUACUUGCUUUUUUAAUGCAGUCAUUCAGAACUUGGCACAGACUCACAUUCUUACUGAACUGAUGAAUGAAAUAAAAGACGAUGGCACCAAAUUCAAGAUUUCUCUUUCUUCAGAGUCUCAGCUGGACCCAUUAGUGGUGGAACUUUCGAGUCCUGGACCACUGACCUCAGCCUUGUUCCUGUUUCUUCAUAGCAUGAAGGACACUGAAAAGGGACCACUUUCUCCUAAAAUUCUUUUCAACCAGCUUUGUCAGAAGGCACCUCGAUUUAAAGGUUUCCAACAACAGGACAGUCAGGAACUCCUUCAUUAUUUGUUGGAUGCAGUGAGAACUGAAGAAACAAAGAGAAUACAAGCUAGCAUUCUAAAAGCAUUUAACAACCCAACUACUAAAACUGCUGAUGAUGAAACUAGAAAAAAAGUCAAAGCCUAUGGAAAAGAAGGUGUGAAAAUGAACUUCAUAGAUCGGAUCUUUAUUGGUGAAUUAACUAGCACAGUCAUGUGUGAAGAAUGUACAAACAUCUCCACCAUGAAAGAUCCCUUCAUUGAUAUUUCACUGCCUAUUAUAGAAGAAAGGGCUUCAAAACCUGUACUCUUGGGGAAGAUAAAUAAAUAUAGAAGUUUACAGGAGGCAGAUCGUGAUUCCAGAGGCACUGUUUCUAUAGAGAAUACCCAUCAGGACAGAGCUGCCAAGAAGCACUCCCCAUCUAAGGAGAAGAAUCAACUAAUGCAUGACAGAAAACAUAUAAGAAAACUGUCAUCUGGAGAAGAGAAAACUGUUGAUAUUUGUCAGAAAAAUGAAAACCUUGAUGUGAACCGGUUUGCAAGCAUCGUGAGUACUGAGUCAUCACUCAACGAAAGCCCUACAGAUGGCAGUGAGAGAGAAGCCAGCCAUUCCGAAAGCAGUGUUGAUGCCGACAGUGAGGCUUCUGAAUCGGAAAGUGCUUCCAAGCAGACCAUGCUGUUCAGAUCUGGGGGUGAUUCCUGUGGGCACACAGAUGGGCACCUUCAUCACACAGAUGGGCACCUUCACCUCCCAUCGCCAAGUGAACUGCCAUACACUAUGGAGACAGACAGUGGAGACAAGGGACUGGCCGAAGCGAUUUCUGAACUUUGUUUGAGCAGCUCAAUAAUUGGAGUUAGAGAUUUUAACAGAGAAAACCAACCACUAAAUAUUCCAAAUAAUUUAUGUUUUUCAGAGGGAAAGCAUAUGAGGUUUCCCAGUGCCCAAAAUGCUUUUCAGACUCUUUCUCAGAGCUAUGUCACUGCUUCUAAAGAAUGCUCAGUUCAGUCCUGUCUGUAUCAGUUUACAUCGAUGGAAUUACUGAUGGGCAAUAAUAAGCUGCUCUGUGAGAACUGUACUGAAAAGAAACAAAAGUACCAAAAGGAAGCCAGUUCUGCAGAAAAGAAAGCAGGAGUUUAUACUAAUGCCAGGAAGCAGUUGCUCAUUUCUGCAGUUCCACCUAUCUUAAUUCUCCAUCUUAAAAGAUUCCAUCAGGCUGGCUUGAGUCUUCGUAAAGUAAACAGACAUGUAGAUUUUCCACUUACGCUUGAUUUAGCACCAUUCUGUUCUGCUACUUGUAAGAAUUUAAGUGUGGGAGAUAAAGUUCUCUAUGGUCUCUAUGGCAUAGUGGAGCACAGUGGUUCAAUGAGAGGUGGCCAUUACACUGCUUAUGUGAAAGUGAAAGCACCCUCCACAAGAUUACUCGAACAUAUCACUGGGAGGAAAAAUAUAUCUGGUUUGAAAGAACCCGAUAAUGAAUCAGGAGGCCACUGGGUCCAUGUUAGUGACACUCAUGUGCAGGUGGUUCCAGAAUCAAGAGCACUUAAUGCACAAGCUUAUCUUCUUUUUUAUGAAAGAAUAUUGUAAUUCUUUGUUAAUUGCUUAUGGUUGUUCACACUGGCUCACUUUCACUCUGUGCUACAAUGGUAACAUGCCUUUGUAGUUGUCUCUUCUGUAGGAAUGCACAUCCUUCAAUAUUCCUUACCCUUUUCACUCUUCUGUUGAGACAUUUCAAAAUAAGUUAAAUUCAUGCAAUGCUGCCGGGCAGGUGGUGCACACCUUUAAUCCCAACACUUGGGAGGCAGAGUUAGGAGGAUUGCCGUGAGUUCGAGGCCACCCUGAGACUCCAUAGUGAAUUCCAGGUCAGCCUGAGCUAGAGUGAGACCCUACCUCGAAAAAAUAAAAUAAAAAAAUUCAUGCAGUGCUUUCAAAAUGAUAUUCUUAAAUGUAAAAUCAUGUGCAAAAGACAAAAAAAAAAAAGUGAUAGUAGACAAACCCCCUUCAUGAUAUGACUCAUUAUUGCAGACAUUCAAAAAUGAUGCCUCAUUCAUUCCUGAACACUGUCUCCUACAUGUAAUAACACCUUUCUGAACAUGUAUAUCUGUGCCAUAAUUUACUUUUUUGUUUUUAUUAUUUUCAAGCUUAGCUUUUGUUUUGAGCAAUCAUAGUUCAAUUUUACAUGAUUGUUAUUUUUCGAAAAUGUAUUAAAAUACACUUAUAACUAUUAAAGAGAAGUUAUUCAUCCAUGUGCCACUCCACUUAAAAUCAUCUUAGGGCCAUUCAGUGAUAUAUGUAUAUUAUUGUAUGGGAAACAUUCUUGUAAUUAUAUGAACUAAUGCCUAAUAUAACAUAAUCACCUUGUCCUAUGUAAUUUAAUCAUAUAAAAAGUAUAUCUGGAACCGGGCGUGGUGGCGCACGCCUUUAAUCCCAGCACUCGGGAGGCAGAGGUAGGAGGAUCUCCGAGAGUUUGAGGCCACCCUGAGACUACAUAGUGAAUUCCAGGUCAGC